CAUUCACUCGCUUGCAAUGCCCUGCGCUUAGCAUCUGCGAAUUUGCCGUCGACCUGAACACAGCAGGUUGCUUACUCUACGGAAGCUGCCUUGGUUUGGACACGAUUGGGCACAAGAUGGCAGACAGAGGCUAUUUCUUCCUUCUGAGCCAUCUCUACCGCCCGACCACAUCGCUUACACUGUCCACCGUCCAGACUUCAAUUGCUCAUUAUCUCGCUCGUCUGACUCCAUCACCGACAUCUUUAGCAGCCUCUGUGAUUAGCAGCCCGCAAUUUCUGCCAUUUUCGUAUGCGAAGCUCGAGGCGCUCUGCACGUCUUUCCGCCACGCGGUGCACCUUAAGGUGAAAUUGUUCAAGGAGGAACCGGACGGUCUCUUCUCGCGAAGCAUACAUCAUCGUACAGGAGAGUGGGUCAAGAGCGUACUAGAUGGCCUGAAGGGUGGUCAUCCAACGCUGAGGCUUGUCUGUGCCGGAGGACUUCUGUUGGGGCUCGAAGAUCUUGAGAGCGAUCUGCAUGCUCAGGGCGGGAGUAUGCGCAGGAUUGUGGAGGAGGAGGUGGUGUUAGCCUUGGCUGAGGUCAUGGACACGUACUCCUAUGUGCAAUAUCCGGCGGAUUGGGCGAAGGAUUUCAAGUCAGAGUCUGAAGACGGCGAAGAGCCACUUGCAUUGUCGCUGCUUCUGGCUUCGAGAUUUCUUGCUCUAGUCUCCGCUGAGAGACUGGAAACGCUACCGUUGGAUAUGCUGUCUGAUAUACUCACCUCCACAAUCGAAUCUGCGUUCCAAGGUGGUUGCUUUAUGUCUACAGCGCAGUCCUCUUGCUCCAGGGACGAUGACGGAAAGCUCGUGUUUGCUCCAACAACACCAUUUUCUCGCUUGAUCCAGAGACUAUCGUCAUCCAAAUUUGUUGCGUCCAUGGCGACGCUCGCAAAGCUCUGUUCUAGAGUCUUGUCUGUGCUCUCGGAAUCCCGUCCAUCACACGGCUGGCCAGCCAUGGCGCAAGCAAUGGCCAAGUUAGAACGCACUGCCAAAGCGGUAGAGCAGGAUUGGACGACAAGCCCGCUGGCCUUUCUGCCUAGCGAAGACGAUCUUGCUCCCGACACGCGGGAAAUGAUCGCGCAACUAUGGAACAUACUCAAGACACAACUUUUCACGACUAUCAUGCUUUCUCAGUCCGUCCUGUCGACUGUUCUCUUCGUCCCUCAGCCUUCUGUCGAUACUAGCCCUUCGCCAUACGACCUUGCGAUGACUGUUCUGCGUACGCUUGCUCACUUAUCCUUUGUACUUCAUCAAUUCGGCGGCGUCACCGCGACCUCAGAGGGUGGGUUUUCGGAGCUGAAGAGGGCAUUCUACACUGCCCUGGAUAUUCUCUCUGCGAGCGCUCCUGACAGCGAGAGAUUUAUUGCGGAGCUAUGCGGGAUGACGAGUGCUCUGACAUCUGCUCCCCAGUCAUUUGUGCAUAUGAAGAAGGCAUAUGUCCUGGCCUGCAUCGAACAGCUAAUCCCUGUCCUCAAUGAUACGUGCAUUCGGGAGCAGGUCUUUCCGCAAUGUCUGCCGCACCUGUCGGACGUCUCACAUCGGGAAACAUACGAGUCCGCUCAUUCUGUGAUGUUGGCCAUCUUCACUUCGUAUGCCCAGAAGUCAAGCCAAGGGAACACGAAGGGGGUUCAAACGUCUGAGAUCCCCACUUUCGCCGAAGAAUCUGUCCCGUUCUACGUGCAGUGUCUAAUCGAGAACUCAGGCGACGGCAAGUUGAGCACCAUACAACUCCGCUUAGCGUAUGCGGCCCUGGUCCGCAGCGCGAGCGCUUUCAGGCGGGCACAGACAGCCCUAUCCGAACGUCAUACAGAAGGCGACGUACUGGCCCGCUUCUGCAUCGACUCGCUCCUUGAUGCCAUGCGGAAUACCCAGGGUUCUUCUGAUUUUACUUCUGCGACGGAGAAGCACCUCCAGCGGCUUCAUCUGACGCUUAUCUCCUCGGUAUCCUCCGUGUCGCUCUCGCUGCUGCCUCGAGUUCUUGACGAAUGCAAAUCGGUCAUCAUCAGUUUCAGUCAGUCUGGCGAUACUUCGGACUCUGAGCAACAGCCGUCUUCUCUGCGGUCAGAGCUGGUACAAGCUCUGUUCAAGGAGAUAUUGGAGAGUGUUGGCGAUGCCGAGAAGGAAUUUUGUGUGCGGUGGUGGUACGAGAACCGCGAAGCGCUACUAGGAUAUAUAGCAAGCGGGGCUCCGCCUACUUCUACUGCAGAUUCACAGGCAGUCUCCAGGCUGUAGGACGGGCAAAGCAUCGCGCAGACGCGUUGUCAAGGUUGUGCAUCGUGUGAUGAUCUAUUUACGGCAGUGUUUGUGCUUUCACUCAUCAUAAUGUGGUAUGAUACGGCUCUUGGUAUGUGGAUCUGUUACUAUACUGUAAUGCUCUGGAGGGUGGGAUGCAUCCGCGUACAUAUGUCGCACAUGUGGCUCAUUGACAAUGACUAUGUUAUGUGGUGCUUUUAUGUAUCUAUGCUGAGUACAUCAUCAUUCGAAUGACACGAGUUGCAAGCAUGGUGGUUGGCUUCAGUGAGCAUAAGUGACUGCUUCACA